AUGUCUCAGCAUCCAUUGAAAGCAGUAACACUCACCCAUGUUAGAUACCAAAAAGGUGAUCAAUUAGGCCAUUUUUUAGCAUGGGUUUCAUUAGUUCCUGUAUUUAUAAGUCUUGGUGGUUUCGUAUCUCAUUUUAUUUUUCGUAGAGAACUUCAAGGUAUGUUCUUUGCAAUUGGACUUAUUGUUUCUCAGUUCAUUAAUGAAAUAAUCAAGAAGUCAGUACAACAAGAUAGACCUGAAACUUGUGCACUUCUUGAAAUGUGUGAUUCACAUGGUUGGCCUUCAAGUCAUUCACAAUACAUGUUCUUUUUUGCUAUGUAUUUUACUCUAUUGAGUUAUAGAAAAUUGGGGUUGAUUUGUAGAAAUCAAAUGUUGAUUGCCAUUCUUUUGGUUUGGCCUAUGGCGAUUUUGACAAUGUAUUCGAGGGUGUAUUUGGGAUAUCAUACUGUUGCACAGGUGUUUGCUGGUUCUGCUUUGGGAAUUGUGCUUGGUGGGGGUUGGUUUUGGAUUGUUAACAAUGUGUUGAGUGGUUGUUUCCCUGCUAUUGAAGAGAGUGCUCUUGGGAGGUUUUUUUAUGUUAAGGAUACUUCUCAUAUACCUAAUGUUUUGAGAUUUGAGUAUGAGAAUGCAAGGUCUGCAAGGAAACACCCGUCCUACAAGCGUGCUGAUUGAUUCCUCGUCGUUCAUUGAUAUUCCAACAGAGUGAAACUUGAGGUUGAAACAGCUUGACCAACUCGAACUUGAUCGUUUGGAGGUUUAUGCACUUC